AUGAGCCGAACUAACGAUUUUCUGGAUGGAUUCAACGAUUUUGGUGAUUUUGCUGUUGAGAAGUGGACUCCACUAACUCGAAAAAAUAAAACUCCUGCACAGGAUUUGAAAAGGUCAAAGACUGUGGGCUCAAAACCCAGCGAAACUAAAAGAGGUCGAAAACCAAAGAAUGGGCACCACUUGGGAGAAUCAAAUAAAGAAGACGUUGAAAGUUCAAAAAAAAUUCUGAAAGAUACGGAUAAUACUCCAAGUACUAGCAAAAUGCAAAAAAACAAGAUUGAUGUCGUUACAUUGAAUGAUGACGACUUCUUUGUUUUACCGCCUGCUUUUCACAUCGAGAAACCGGAAAAAAAAAGAAUGAGAGCAUCUUCAUGUAUUGAAGUGCUUGAUGUUGAAGAAGUUGAAAAAGAAAAUGAGCCUCCAAAAAAAAAUCCAAAGAUGCCAAGUCAAGAAAAAUCACCCUCAAAGUCGUCUACAGCUUUAUCGCCGGAGAAUGAAGUUGGGGAAGUUGAAAAAGAGAAUGAGCCUUCAAGAAAGAGUCCUAAGAUGCCAAGUCAAGAAAAAUCACCCUCAAAGUCGUCUACAGCUUUAUCGCCGGAGAAUGAAGCUGCACCAAAAAACCAGGAAACAUCGCCGUCAGGAACAUCUGGGACUUUGUCUACUAACAAUUCGAAUAGCAUGCCUACUAGUUCGCGCCCACCCAUUUUUGCUAAGAUGAAGCCGAUUUUAUCAACUCCUUUACCGACUAGAGAAAAAUCGAGCGAGAAACGCCGUUCACUCGGUCUUUCAAAACAAAAUACUUCUGUUACACCGGGAUCGUUUUUAUCUCCAAUUGUUUCGAAAGAAGCGAAAAAUGAAAAUGAGACAAAAGAAGAAAAACAGAGGGUUUUGGGUCUUCAAAAGACGUUUGCAAGCACACAAGCGAGCACAAGUUUUAAAAGUCCAAUUGUUCAACAAGCUGAAAAGAAACGUGGAAGAAAGCGCGGACCUCAAAUUCCACAAUUUGAUCGAACGGAAGUGAUAGACCCGAUGCGUUUGAAAUUGGUGGACAAAUUCAAGAAUUUGAAAGAAAUGAUGGAUCGAGAUUCAGCAUUACACGAAGCUCUCAUAAAGAAACUCCUGCUUCAGCCUUUUAAGAUGCCAAUGGCUGGCUAUAGCUUUUCUGGACGAGCACUUGGUAUGGCAAGAAAUGGAAAGCGAAUGGCAUUAUUUGAUCCGUAUGCAGAAAACGCUCUUGUGCUGUAUGCUCCGCCACAACUUUCCGCUCAUGAAGAACUCCAUCAAAAAGAGGAAGAAAAGCUGGUGCAUGUGGUGGUAGAUCCAGUGUUGAGCGCCAUUCUUCGACCACAUCAACGUGAAGGCGUAGAAUUUAUGUACAAUUGUGUGACUGGACGUAAUGUUGAAAAUUUCAACGGAUGUAUCAUGGCCGACGAAAUGGGAUUAGGGAAAACACUUCAGUGUAUCUCCCUUGUUUGGACCUUACUCCGCCAAAGCCCCGAAGCAAAGCCAGAGUUUACGAAGGCUAUUAUUGUUUGUCCAAGCAGUUUGGUGAAGAAUUGGGAUAAAGAAAUCAAAAAGUGGCUGGGAACAAGAGUCAAUUCGCUGACUAUGGAUAAUGGCUCACGCGAAGAUAUUAUGCAGCGCUUAACUACUUUUAUGAAUGACCUUCGAAUUCGCGCCGCCACACCUGUGCUAAUCAUUUCUUAUGAAACAUUUCGCAUAUACAGCUCUAUUUUACAUGCAAAAGAAGUAGGAAUGGUCAUUUGUGACGAGGGGCAUCGAUUAAAAAACAGUGAAAAUCUCACGUAUCAAGCAUUGAGUGGAUUGAACUGCUUAUUGGGUACAGCUAUGGAAUUCAAAAAACGUUUCGAGAAUAUUAUUCUCAAAGGAAGAGAUGCUUCUGCAACCAAUGAGAUGCAAAAACGAGGUGAAACAGCCACAUCAGAGAUGGCAGCUCUUGUAGAGAAAUGUAUUAUUCGACGCACUAGUGCUCUACUCACAAAAUAUCUUCCGGUCAAAUACGAACACAUUAUUUGUUGUCGUUUGACAGAAUUGCAGGAGUCAAUCUACAAUAAGUUGAUCGAGACAGAAAAGAAGUUACGUGUUCGUGAAGAGGCCACCAAAGAGGGCGGUGGAGCCUCGGCGCUUUCCUUCAUCACUCAUCUAAAGAAGCUUUGUAACCACCCACAACUUGUCUACGAUGAAGUGAAAAAGCCGGACAACCGAUUCCACAAUAGCUUAAAUUUGUUUCCUGAGACAUUUGGUGGUCGUGGCUUUGAUCCAUCAUGCUCUGGAAAAAUGAAGGUUCUCGAUUAUCUAUUAGCUGUAACGAAAAAGACGACCAACGACAAAUUCGUACUCAUCAGUAACUACACGCAGACUAUUGAUCAAUUUGAAGGAUUGUGUCGACUAAGAGGUUAUGGAUUUGUUCGUUUGGAUGGUUCGAUGUCGAUUAAAAAUCGGGCUAAAAUUGUUGAAAAGUUCAAUGACCCCGAGAGUUCCGAGUUCUGUUUUCUGCUUUCAUCGAAGGCUGGUGGUUGUGGACUGAAUCUUAUUGGAGCGAAUCGACUUGUGAUGUUCGACCCUGAUUGGAAUCCAGCUAAUGAUGAUCAAGCGAUGGCUCGUGUUUGGAGAGAUGGACAAAAGAAAAAUUGCUUUAUUUAUCGAUUACUCGCGACUGGUUCGAUUGAAGAAAAGAUGUUCCAAAGACAAACACAUAAGAAAGCGCUUUCAAAUUGUGUUGUGGAUGCGGGGCAAGAUGUUGCAAGGCAUUUCAGUUCCGAUCAACUUCGAGAGUUGUUCAAGCUCGAGGCUGACUGUGCAUCAGAUACUCACAAUAAGGUUAAAUGCAAAAGAUGUGCCGCGGGAAUGGAAACGGUCGAUCCUCCCGUUAACUCGGAUUGUGCUUCUGAUUUGCAACAUUGGCAUCACGCCGAGAAAGACUGCAAAAAGAUCUCUGACGUCGUGUUGAGGUCGGUCUUUGAAUGUGGAUCGAUAUCCUUUAUUUUCCAUCAGAAAUCGCAUAACGUUGCCGUGGAACCGAAAUCAAAAGCAAAAGAGGAAGAAGAUCCCGAGUACAAAGAAGAGAAAGAGGAUGCUUAUGAUUCUUGUGACGAUGAU